CUCCCCAAACGUCAAAAAAAAAAAAAAAAAGCCUUGCCCAUCUAUAAUCAUCAUCAUCAUUCAUCCAUGGCUAUCUCUCUCUAAAAGAAAAUAAAAAUCUCUCUCUCUCUCCCCCCUUCCUCUCUUUCUCUCUCUACAUGUACAUAGAUGCGGCAGAUUUCUUACUCGUCGGAAUCCCUGAUUAUCCGUAUGUAACCACUGUCGUCGUAUUUUUCCGAUGGCGAUUGUCACCGGAGAUCGGUACAUCGAGAGGCUCGUGAAGUUCGUGGAGCAACAGGCCGGGCCUUUGAUUGAGGGAACCUUGGUGUUGAAGCUCAAUCCCGUCGGACUCCACUACGUACAGUCUCGGCUUGAGGCAUUGAAUGAGCUCGAAAGUCUCCUCGCCGGAGCUCCGGUUGAUUAUCUCCGUGCCUAUGUUUCUGACCUCGGCGACCACCGAGCGCUCGAGCAGCUCCGGAGGAUCCUUAGGCUUCUUACGUCGCUUAAGGUUGUGUCCGUGCUUCAGGCUCCGGCUAGGGACCCCACGCCGCUGUCACUGUUGCCUUUCGGGCGGUUGAGGGUUUUGGAGCUUAGAGGAUGUGAUUUGUCGACCUCGGCUGCUAAGGGAUUGCUCGAGUUGAGGCACACCUUGGAGAAGAUCAUUUGCCACAAUUCUACUGAUGCCCUGCGGCAUAUUUUUGCCAGUAGAAUUGCAGAGAUAAAGGGCUCUCCGCAAUGGAAACGGUUGUCAUUCGUUUCAUGCGCAUGCAAUGGUUUGGUACUUAUGGAUGAGUCUUUACAGCUACUACCUGCUGUUGAAACUCUUGACCUGAGCCGAAACAAGUUUGCUAAAGUUGAUAACCUUCGCAAGUGUGUCAAGUUGAAGCACCUAGAUCUUGGUUUCAAUCAGCUGAGAGCAAUUUCAUCAUUUAGCGAGGUCUCCUGUCAUAUUGGUAAACUUGUUUUGAGGAACAAUGCUCUAACUACAUUUCGUGGGAUUGAGAAUUUGAAGUCACUUGAAGGGCUUGAUGUUUCCUACAAUAUUAUUUCCAAUUUUUCAGAGUUAGAAUUCCUUUCGGGACUUCAAUUUUUACAAAACUUGUGGUUGGAAGGAAACCCAAUAUGUUGUGCCCGAUGGUAUAGACCACAAGUAUUCGGCUAUUUUAGUCAUCCAGAGAAAUUGAAGUUGGAUGAUAAGGAAAUCAGCACCAGAGAAAUGUGGAAGAGACAGCUUAUAAUUGCCAGGAGGCAGAGGCGACCUGCCAGCUUUGGGUUUUAUUCUCCUGCAAAAUGUGAUGCCACAGGAGAGGGUUCUAUCCACAGAAAAAGGAAGAAAGUAACACGUCUUGCAUCGAUUGAGGGUGAAGAAGAAAGCACCUAUCUAAAUUCUGAUGAAGAGUCUGUGUCAAUUGAUAAUGAGAUCCAAAGCAGAGAGGAAGCUGUUGUAUCUGAUAAUGAAGCUGAAAUAGUUGAUUUGAUGAACAGGGUUGAGCUAAUGAAGAAAGAGCGUUCUAUCCUUUGGUUACGGGAGUUUAAAGAGUGGAUGGAUCAUACUUCUGAGAAUUUCGUGGACCAUACUAAAUAUUGUACCGCUAUAUUGGACCCAGGGAGAGAGAAUUUAAUUAAAACCAAGCCAAGCCAUAGGCAUUAUGGGGAAAGUUCAAGAUAUGCCUCAGACUCUGUUCAAGCUUCAGGAGAUGAAAGUAGUACAAAUGUUUUAGAAUCAGAUAGUUCCUUCACUUAUACAACUGCUGGUUUGCAUGCUGAACAAUAUUUUGAGCGAACUGGUUUGGUGGGAAAUACUGGUGGAGUUGGCCAAGCUGGCAUGGGUAAAAUGGAUCUUAAGGAGGAGUAUCUAAAAGCUUAUCCAUAUGAAAGGAUUAGCAGUGUAUCUGCACAACCUAAAAGUUCCCGUGCUGAUAUCUUUGUUAAUCAAGGAGGUCAUAGGACAGCUGAUAAUUUGAGCAUAUCGCCACUAACGACCAUUGAUGAUAUUUCAGAAUCUCAUUCAUCCUCUGCUUACCCUGGAUCUCCACCUCAUUAUCAAGAGGAUAUUCUUCAUCGUCGUCACUACUUGGAGGAAGAAAUUCUUCAGUUAUCUGCUGAGUCCUAUUCGAUAGCAUCAUCAGAUAGUAAUACUAGCUGCAGUCAAGAUGAUAUUUGCGACUUUAUGCCGUCAACAUCUGGGACUGAUCAAGCAAUGAAUGGAGAGUAUUCAAAUAACUUUGCCGAAUGUCCCUAUUUAAAGAAUUUUGAGGGUAAUUGUUAUGGCCAAAGACAUCAGAUUUCUCAUAUAAGAGAAAAUGGGCAACGUGCAACCAAUUCAUAUGUAGAUCAAAUCUUUGGUAAGCAGAAACUUACAAAUCCGGAUCAUUCUGUGCACUCACACAAUGAUAUUCCUGCUGGUACUUGUGAUGAUGUCAACAAAGAGGAUGAUUUUUUUGACAAGAGAAAAAGCAGAAGAAAAACAAAAAGAAGAGUUAUUUCACUGAUAGAUGAUAAUAUUUCAGCUGGGAAGGUAGAAACAUCCGAAAAAACAAAUGGCAAUCAUGGUUUUCAUGUUGCAGAAGGGGAACAAGAGCAACCAAGUAAAAGUAUCUUUGGUAGUGAUUUUCAAAAAGAUAUUGAUAGGAAAUAUAUACUGACAAGUAAAAUUAGAACCCCACUAAAUGAGGAUGCUCUGGGAUCUCCUGAGGCUAAAUGCUUAUCUCUGAGGUGUGAUGAUUUUAUCAAGAACUAUUUCAAUACAAAUGUUGCUGACUCAAAAAGUCAUGAGAUUUGUAUGCAGUACAUGCGUUGCUAUUGUUUACUUGAGCAGGCUUUCCAGAGCAGAGAAAGAGAAGUAGCUCUAAUACUGAGCAGCAAACAGAAGAUGUAUGUGCUACUCUUUGGAGGUGCAGGUGAUGAAACAGGAACUACCUUAAGUUUACUAGGUUGCCAUAGGGUUGAAGACAUUAGGGAGGUUUUUGUUGGUGUAGGACUGCAGGUUGUGAGGGUUUGUAUUGAGAGGAGUGCAACUUACCUGUUUAUUACAAGAGAUGUUGAAAAAUCACGACAAUUACUUUGCUCAUUACAAGAUUUUGAUUCAUUUGGAGCAAAUGAUAAGUGUUGUUUAAGAAGUUUGGAGCAGGUUCAGGUUGAGUUGUUUGAGAAACAAAUAUUUGGAGGUUUAAAAGUGAGCAUAUUCCAGUAUUCUAUGGUGCUCUUCUGGUACAACAACCAUGAAGAAGGAUCAUGGGUUUCAAGAUCCCUGUUUGUUAUUGGAGUGCAUCUUCUCAUGUGUAUUGAAGACCUUGUGCGGUUUGGCUCUCUUUCAGAGGAUGCAUCUUCACCCCCAUACUAUUCACUGGAUUCAUGUUGCGCCAUCAAUGACAUAUCUGAAAUGGUCGUCGAGGCCAAGGAGAGCUGUUGUGUGACCUUACAGCUAGAGUGUGCAACAUCAGUGUUCAACCCCUCAGCCAAAUUCGGCAAGGGGCUUAAAGGGUUUGAUAAAAAGACAGCUUCGAGCUCUUUGGCAUGGAAGCUAAAGUGGUUCUCCGAGGAGAGUCUUUUCAAGUUCGUGGCACUAGUGAAGGCAAUCCAUUCAGGAACGAGCACGUCGCCGUUGCUCAUAAGAUGUACAUCAUGAAAGCGUUUUUGUUCUUUUUUUUGUUAGCUUCAUAUUUAUUUCAUUCUUUGAUUUGGGCUUCUUGGCUUUCCCUUCAUAUAUAAUAUUUUCAUUCAGUUUGUUUGCCUGCA